UCUCCUCAAGUAUAGUGAAGCUAACUCUCUAUCGCCCGUGGAGUAGCUAACACAAGUUGUGUUAGUUAGGGGGUGGAUAUACGGUCCGGUCCGGUUAAAUUGGCCCGAAUUGAUCCAGUCCCAGUCCGAUCUUUUCAGGAAUAUAGGACCAAAGAUUGUAUUGGAUAUAGUCCGGUCUUAAUCCGGUCUAGUUUUGACCUGGUCCGGUCUCAAUUUUUUCUUGAUUUUAGAUUGAGAUUGUGGAGAUUUUAGUGGAGUUUUGGGUGUUGGGCUCUCUUAUCCGGUGUUCCGAUUUUGGACCAGUCCCGAAUGGUUUUUUUUACCUCAAAUCUAAACCCGUAUAUGAGAUUGGAUUGUUUGUUAUCCGGUCCCGAUCCAGUCUCGAUCCGGGUUAUACGGUCCGGUUUCAGGUAAAACCAAAAAGCCCUGACCAAAUAGUCAGCCCUAGUGUUAGUGAACCAUGUAAAUCCAUGUGUUCUGUACUUUCUUGUUGGUCGUUGUCUUUUCUUGUUAUUGUCUAUUGCCCCUGUCCUAUGCGUACAAGUGGUAUCAGAGCCUCUGGUUGUUUUUAGUUAGGUUUUUCAAUAUUCGAAAAUGACUUUAGUGAAUACGAAGAUCGAAAAGUUCAUAGGGAAUAAAAGCUUCGGUAAUGUUAGAUCAAGAUACAGGCGCUAUUGAAACACCAAGGGUUGUGGGGGACGCUAUUCGGGAAACCGAAGAAAAUAGGCCUCGAUGACGAGGAGUGGAAUACCUUGGAGCUGAAGGCCCGCUCGACCACCAUAUGCUAUAAUUGUCUGAUGGCGUCAUGAUUGAAGUUGCUGCUUAGAAGACUGUUGUGUGCUUGUGGUUGAAGCUAGAAUUCUGUAUAUGAUGAAGUUUGUAACUAACAAGCUUCAUCUCAAGCAACGUUUAUUCAGCUUGAGGAUGCAGGAAGGUAUGCCUUUGAGGGAGCACCUAGAACAACUAAAUGUCAUCUUGUUAGAUUUGUGUAACAUAGAUGUCAAAGUAGAUGAUGAAGAUGCUCCCCUUAUCCUGUUAGUUUCGUUGACGCAAUCAUAUGGGAAUUUUGUGGAUUCUUUUAUUGUCAGGAAAAAUAGUAUGAUUUUGAGGAUGUUUGAUCUACUCUUCAUACAAGAGAGACUAGACAUAAGACUUCUAGAUCUAGUACAGAGAUUUAAGUAUCUCGGUUGACUGUUACAGGUGGUAAGGGACCAAAGAAAUUGACUAGGAGCUCGAAUUUGAGGGGUCUCGGUCCACAUUCUGGCAAUGCAUGUCAUAUCUAUAAGGAACUUAGGCAUUGGAAAGCCAAUUGUCUCAAGAGAAAAUGGCAACAGAACAAGCAAGCUUCUGCGACCGCAGCAGAAGUAGACACCAGUUUCGAGGACGAUCUCAUCUUGGCUAUAGAUGAGAAGGCACAUCGACGAGAUGUGUGUUUAUGGAUACUACAGACUCGUUACAUAUGUCUCCGAAUAGGAACUAUUUUGCAACCUAUGAGCAUAUAUAUGGUGGUAACAUAGUUAUGGCCAAUGAAGUUGUCUGCAAGGUGGUUGGAAUAUGGUCCAUCAAGAUGCGAACACAUGAUGGUUCAUUUUGUCUUGUGAACAAAGUUAGACAUGUUUCACAGAUGACCAAGAAUCUGAUUUCUAUAAGUCUACUCGACAUAAAGGGUUUUAGUUUCAAGGAAAAAUGUGUAGUUGCUUAUGUUUGCAAAGGUCCAAGGAAGAUUCUGAAAGGCAUGAAGCAUGAUAGCUUUUAUGCGUUACAAAUGUUUGUGUUGUCAGGUUCUGCUAUAGUUACAUCUUCUGAGGUUCACAAGGAAGAUAUGAUCACUCUCUGGCAUAUGAGACUGGAUCAUAAAGGUGAACUAGGGAUGAAAAUUUUGUCCAAGAGAGAUCUUUUAUACGUGCACAAGGUGUAAAGUUUGGAAUUAUGCUAGCAUUGUUGCUUUUGGAAGUUACAUCACAGUAAGUUUCCCAAGAAGGGUAUCCACCGUAUAUAAGAAGUGAUGGAUUACCUUUACUUGAAUUGUUGGGAUCCUUCAAGAGUUGAAUCCAUUGGAGGCAACAUAUUUUUUGGUGUGUCUAUUAUUGAUUAUUACUCAAGAUUUACUCUGAUAUUCACGAUGAAGUAUAAAAGUGAAGCUUUCAAGAAAUUCAAGUAGAGGAAGGUCUUGGUGGUGAACCAAACUGGCAAAAGGUCAAGAAGUUCCGAACGGACAAUGAUAUGGAGUUUUUUAGUUAUGAGUUCAACGAAUUCUGUAUCAAUGAAGGGAUUGAUCGUCAUCAGACUAUUAGAGACACUCCACAGCAGAAUGGCAUUACAGAACAAAUGAAUCAGACAUUGUUGGAGAGAGCAUGAUGUAUGUUCUCUAAUACUUGACUAGAGAGAAAAUUCUGGACAGAGACACUAACAUGCUUGCCAUCUUAUCGACCGUGGACCUCACUCAGGUAUCGAGUGUCAAACUCCUUAUAAGGCAUGGUCUAGUAAUCCUGCUGACUAUUCCUUAUUGAAAGUUUUUGGUUGUCAUGUUUACUAUCAUGUGGGUGAGAUUAAAUUGAAUCCAAGAACUAAGAAUGGUGUAUUUUUGAGUUUCAGGGAUGGAGUUAUGGGAUAUCGAGUUUGGUCACCUCCUGAGCAUAGAUUUAUAAUUAGUAGAAAUAUGAUGUUAUAUGAAAAAUCCAUGUUUAACCCAUGUUGAAGGUUACUAUUGUGGAAGAUAGCAUGAAUGUUGAUAAAUAGGUGGAUCUACACACUACUCGAGAUGAGAGUGAGUCACAACCCCAAGAUGGAGAAGAUCAACAUUUGGAUGUUUUUUAUCAGCCAGAGUCAUCAGGAUCCAGCGCACAAGCUCAAUCAUGUAUAGAUUCCAUAGACAAAGGAGAAUAUGUGAAGGGAUACCUCUGAGGAGGUAUGGCUUUGAGGAUAUGGUAAUGUAUGCCUUUUAGGUUUCCAAAAAGGUGGAUACGCGCGAGCCAUGAUCCUACAGAGAAGUCGUGACAUGUGAAGAAGCUACUAUCUGGCUUGCCGCAAUGAGAGAUGAGAUGAACUCCCUUGACAGAAAUUAGAUUUAGCAGCUUGUCAAGCGACUACAGGGAAGGAAGAUUGUUACAAAUAAGUGGAUCUUCAAGAAGAUAGAAGGAAUUCCAUCUGGAGAGGGCAUUGAAUGUAAAGUUUGACUGGUUGUAAGAGACUUCACAUAGAAAUAAGUUGUUGACUAUAAUGAUAUUUUGUCACCAGCAGUCAGACAUAAUUCAAUCAGGGUGUAACUAGCAAUAGUUUUACAUAAGGAUAUGGAGCUUGAGCAACUGGACGCAAAUACAUCUUUUCUACAUGGAGAGCUAAAAGAAUAAAUUUACAUGACUUAGCCAAAUGGAUUCCAGGUUCCAAGAAAAGCAGAUUAAGUUUGUAAGUUGAAGAAUUCCUUGUACGGAUUUAAGCAAUCUCCGAGGUAGUGGUACAGGAGGCUUGACAGUUAUAUGCUUGAGUUGUGACACGACAGAAGUCCAUAUGACUAUUGCGUAUAUCAUAGCAAGACUGGUGAUUGUUCGAUGAUCUAUUUUGCUAUGUAUGUAGAUAAUAUGUUCAUUGCAGCAAAAUCGAAGUUUGAUGUCUAGACGUUAAAGGGGCUUCUUAGUGUUGAGUUUGGGAUGAAGUAUUUGGGAGCUGCUAAAAAGAUUUUGGGUAUGGAGAUUUACAAGAAAAGGGAUCGGAAGAAGCUUUUCUUGUCACAGAAAAGUUACAUCCAGAAGAUAUUGUCCAGGUUUAGCAUGCCUCGAGCAAAGCCCUUAAAUACUCCUAGCGCUUCAAAUAUUCAUCUAUCCGCAUAGUAUGCACCACCGUCUGAAGCUGAGAAGGAGUACAUGGCUCGAGUAACAUUUUGUAGUGCAUCAAGUUCUUUAUGCAACUUGGAAAGGAACAUUGGAAGCCAUGAAAAGGAUCUUUCAUUACUUGAAGGGUAAAACUGACACUAAAAAAAGUUACUUUAACAAGGGGAGAAAAUAGUCGUUAAAAGCCCAAAAACCCUCGGUAAGAGUCAUCAAUGAGGGGAAACCUCCCAUCAUAGUAGGCUUUGCCCUUAAAAGUCAUUAACGAGGGGAACGUUUACACCCCAUCAUUAAAACUUUCUACGAGGGAUCACUUUCCUCCUGUUGUGUUUGCAAUUAAUAUAUAAAAUUAUAAAAAAAUAUUGUGGGAGCCUCCAUCAUUAGUGCACAAUUAACUAUCCCAAAAUUUGCUUAAUUAUUAAUUGACCGAUCUCCAAUUUUAUCAUCACCAUAAUUCACUUGGAUUACACUAACUCGAACAAAAUUUAUCCAAUCUUCCAAAUCUGAUUUCAUAAGGGGUAAACACGAUUAAAAUUCCAAAUAUUCUAGUCAUACAAAUAGAAUCAUAAACUUUCGUCAUUCAAGCAAAAGAAAAGGGAAAAAGUAGAACCAGAAGAUAGUAUUUCGGUCAAUCUAGUAUACACAUUACAACUGCAAAAGUCUAUUCAUCUUGAGUUUGCAUUAAUCAAUCUAACUACUCCUUUCUUAGUGACCUCAUGCCCUUGUGCUUUGUUCAUUCCAACAGGAGCGUUGUUGUCAAACUAUUGAGUGGAGGGAGGCAGAGGAAGGCCUGAUGAUAAACGGAUUCGAGACCGGAGGAGAAGCUACAAUCUUGCCGAAGGUGGGCAGACAGGAGGUGCGAUUAGAGACUUGUAACAAAUAGAGUUGAGGACUCUAGUUUUCAAAUAUGGAGAUUUAGAUAAAUACAUAACCAAGAGGGAGUAUUCUGUAGAUGGAUGUUUGAAAGAUUUAGAGAUGUGUAGAUAUGCACAAUGUAGUUAAAAGCGAGUUUCAACGCAGAAACGUUUUGGUGAUGUAGAAGCGUAAAAUCGUAAGUACUUAAGUAAGCGGAGUUUUUAACUACAUAAGUUAUAAAAACUUAGAUUUUGUGUAGAAGAGUUUUAGUAACCUAGAAGCGUAAAAUCGUAAGUUUUUUAAGUUUUAAAGCGCGAUUUUAACUACAUUGGAUAUGCAUAUGCAAAGGCGUAAGGCAUGGGUCGGCCAUUAAAGGAUGUGGGUGGAUCUGAAGUGGGAAAGAGGCGGAGAGUAGUGAGGAGGGUCUGGACUCUGGAUAACGAGAAGGGGAACACCUUUUUAUAUGAUUUUGUGGUUAAAAAUGAAGGUAAAUGGUUUGGUUACUUUAUUCGAUAAAGCCAAAGAGGGGAAAAGUAGAGAUUGCCGGAGACAAAUUUCCAAACCAAAAAUUUAGGCACACUAAAUAUUUCCCCAACUAACGACUCAAAUUUGAAAAUUUUAAAGUCAAAAAGUUAGGCGCAUUAAAAAAAUUCACAAAGUAAUGAGGGGACUUUUGCGGUCUUAAUAUAGUAGUAGUGAGGGAAAUUAUUUUAUACUAGUGAGGCGGAAAAUAAGCCCCUCAUUAAAGCUAUGCUUUGGGACCAAUAACGACAGGAAUACAAUUUCUCCUUAAAAAUCUUACUUCUAACAAGGGGAGAGCAAUCCUACUGCCACAUUCCCGUCGUAGAAGCUUGUUUCUUUUGUAGUGGGAUUUGGGAAUUAGUUCUUAGAAGUGAUAUAGAUUGCUUAGUGAAAAGAUAUUUAGAUUCUGAUUAUGUUGGGGAUGUUGACACAAGGAAAUCUAUGACUGGUUGUGUAUUCACUCUUGGAGGUUCCAUAGUGAGCUUCAAGGCAACGUUGCAGCCGACGGUUACUUUGUCUACCACAAAGGCUACCAGGGAGGGAAUAUGGUUGAGGGUGUUGGAUAUUGAUCUAGGUUUAUAUCAUGGUCAAGCAGUAGUGUACUAUGUGACUCAUUGAGUGCAAUAUGUUUGGCCAAGGAUCAAGUCCAUCAUGAGAGGACUAAACAAUCGAUGUGUAUAAUUUAUUGAGAACGGAGAAUAGGAUUAAGGUGCUAAAGUCGGGCACUGUUGAUAUCCUGUUGAUAUGUUCACAAAGCCGGUUCCACAUGUUAAGUUUCAACACCGCUUGAACUUGCUGAAUGUCCUCAGUGGAUGAUAUGCUCUUAGAGGCAAUGGAGGGAGAGAGAGAGUUUAAAUAUUUUUUUAGUAACUUAACAAUCCAAUGAUUCUAAUUAUUUAGAUUGUUAAAAACAAAUAAAAAAGAUUCAUUAUUUGGCAACUAUGAUUGUUAACAUUCAAUGAAAAGUAAAUCUAAUUUUUAUCAAAUGAAUUGUUUACAAAAAAUCAAUGCGACUCUAGAAAUAUUAAGAAUUUAUUGGUAAGAGUAUAUGGUGGGAUAAAUGAAAAAUAGAAAGAGAUAUAGUAGGAAGAGGAAAAAACUCAAAAUGAAUCAUGUUGGUACGCUAGAACGGUGCAAAGCUAAUUUUGUUGCACAAGGUUUUUGACAGGAGUCAUUGAUUACGAGGAAAUAUUGGGUCCAUUGGUUAAAAUGUAGACUGAUUGAUUGGUAAUUUCCAUAGCUGCUAUGUGCAAUUGACUACUGGUUCAGUUGGACAUAAAAUAAUGUUUUUUCACCAUGGAGAUCUUAAGAAUGAUAUUUAAACAGAGUGUCCUGCCGAUUAUUUUAAGGGAGGGGUGGAUGUGGUGUGUAAAUGACGUUGUUUUUGUAUGGUCUCGAGCAUGCUCCUCGACCUUGGUUUGAGAAGUUUCAUGUUUACUGUGAGUGGUGUUAUUGUUUACUUCUAAAUAUUGAUGACAUGGUGAUUAGUGGGAGUGACCAGAAGGGGAUUCGAUACCCUAAGCACUCAUUAGAUAGUGCAUUCAAUCUUAAAGACAUGGGCGAUGUUUCUUACCUCUUGGGACUAGAAAUUCAGUGUUUCAUAUCGGGUUUAUUUAUGUGCCAGAAGAAGUAUAUUGGCGAACUUUUGGUCUCGACAUAGUUCAGUGAUUGCAAACCUCGUGUUACGCUUAUCAAGCAGAAUCUCAAGCUGAGUAGAGAGGGUGGUGAUCUUAUCGAAGAACAAACUAUGUACCGCAAUAUAGCAGAGAUUUUGAUAUAUCAUAGUCAUACUUGGUCUGACAUUUCGUAUAUAUUAUAUAAUGCAUCUUUUUAGUUAGUUUAUGGAGUUGCACGAGCCCCACACUUAGAUGCAGCUCAUAGACUACUCCGUUAUCUCAAGUGUACUCGAGAUGUGGGAUUGUUUCUUUCUUUGAAAGGUGAACUAGUUGUUGAAACCUGUCUAAAUGAUGAUUAUACAGGAUGUCAGGAUAUGAGACGUUCAACCUCAGGAUGGUGCAUUUGGCUUGGUCAAUAUUUUGUUUCUUGGAGGUACCGAGUGUAGGAUAAGGUUUCAGAGUCAUCGACUAAAGUUGUGUAUAGGUCAAUGUCAGAGGCACGACUGUAGGGGUGUUCAAAUGGUUACCAUGGUUAUUACCAAACCAAAUAAGGCUAAAUUUCAUUAACCAUAGAAUACCAUAUCAUAACCAAACCGUCCAAACUAAUACAACAACCAAAUUAACCAAACUAAAGUUUAAUCGUUUGGUUAAUUGGUUAACCAGAUUAACCAAUAUUAAAUCACAUUAUCAUUAAGUAAGAAAAUUUCGGUUAAUUUAUCAAUUCACAAUUUAUAUAAUGAAUAAAACAUGACAAUCAACACUUGGUUAUAGCUGACCUUUAACAUAAAAUAUAUGCAACUAAGACAAUUAUCUUACGGUUAGUAUAGAAGUAUUCACCUAGCAAAAAUUUAUCACAAUGGUAUGGGUUAAUGAAUUAUUGUGUUUGAAUUGACUUAGUCUUUUAGCAAUUUUUAUAGGCUGAAAAGGACCUUGCUUUCAAGUUUUCAUCCAACAUAAUGUAUGAGAUUUAUCUAAAUGAGGCAUUCAUCUGUUGUGGUCUACACUCUACAUAUACAAAUGUACAUUAUAGGAACAAUAUCAAGCUUUAUAUUUUAUGAGUCUAAAAGGGAUGAAGGUUUAACUCUUGAGUGGUUAUUCAAAGUAUUAAGUAUGUGUACAUAUUACAUUUAUGGCUAAUUAUUUAUCUGGUUAAUUUGAUUUGAUUGGUUAGGAGUGUCUGAAACCAAACCAAACCACCUAAACCAAACAAGCUAAAAACUUUAACCAAACCAAACCAAUUAUCCAAAUUAUACUGCUUAAAACAGUUACCAUGGUAACCACACCGUUUGAACACCCCUAGGCACAAGAAUUGGUUUGGUUGCCACGCUCAUUCAAGAACUGGAAGUUGAGUGUUGCUUACCUAUGAGACUUUAUGAUGACAAUACAAGUGCAAUUCAAAUAUUAAUUAAUCCAGUUAAUCAUGAGAGAACAAAACACAUUGAGGUACAUGUUAAUUUUAUAUGACAACUGGUAGUAGAGCGAGUCAUACAACUUGCUUAUUUGACGACUGAGGAUCAUAGUGCAUAUUUGUUAACCAAGACAGUAAGCUUGAGUAGAAAUUGGUAUCUCUCUUCCAAAUUGAUGUUAUGAAACCAACAUCAAUUUGAGGGGGAGGGGAGGCGGUUGUUAAUUAUAUUCCGUGUUAUAGUAGGCCACAAAACGUGGGCCUCAAGUGACAGUUGCAUGAUUAGAGUACAAGUGUGUGGGUUAUUUUACUAUCUUCUUCCUCUUUUAUGAGUCAGUAAUAUGUGUCAUCUUUGGAAGAACAUGUGUCUCUUUUGCUUUAUUUGAUUUUUGAACUCGAAGCUUUUAAAGAUUUGUGCGCAUUAGAAAAGAAAGAAAAGAGAGAAAAAUCUUUUGAAAAAGAGGCUCACAUGAGAGGAAACCAAUCCUCACGGAUUCAGAGUGCCCUUUGAGGAUAUGCUUGGGGAUCAAAUAGCUUUACCGCGUCCCGACCAUCUUUCACUACUUACCAUCCCCCAUGCAUCUUUCCUUCUCACGGAAUUGUAUGCCAAGGUCCAAGGUACUUUUUAGCGAUUCAUGAGACCUCAAAGCUCUCGUUUGUACCCGACAUGUGUGGCAACCCAAUGUGGAGUGCAGGCUGGGAAGUGGUGCUCGGGCUAAGACGAAUCCGCCCAUCAACUUCCCCACAUGUGACCUUGAAAGGGAAGGCUAUGAUUCAUUCGCCCUUGAUCAUAUGAGGGAGAGAUGCUUAUUUUCAAAAGAAUUGCAAAAGCUUGGUGCAAUGCGCGUCAACGUUGAAAAAUGAGACCAAUAAACGAAAAAUCCUAAAUCUAAAGAGAGAAUAAAGAGCACCUUCGAGAGUUCUUGUGCUUAUUUGUGUUAGAGAAUCCCCCAGAGAACACCUUGAAUGUUUGGCCUAAGGUAGUAACGUUCAUUCAUCUCCGUCUACUCUUCUUUAUGCAAUGAAGAACUAGGGUGCGUUCCCCCAUUGAUUUGUCUAUCAUGUUGCAUAAAGUUUGAGUAGGUUUGCUUGGGGACAAGCAAACGCCUAAGUGUGGGGGAGUUUGAUAACACAUAAACUGGUCCUCACCCGAGAGUUUGUGCUUGCAUAAUAAGAUGAUAGCAAUGUUCAUUCAUCUUCGUCUACUCUUCUUUAUGCAAUGAAUAACUAGGGUGCAUUAUCCCAUUGAUUUGUCUAUCAUGUUGCAUAAAGUUUGAGUAGGUUUGCUUGGGGACAAGCAAACGCCUAAGUGUGGGGGAGUUUGAUAACACAUAAACUGGUCCUCACCCGAGAGUUUGUGCUUGCAUAGUAAGAUGAUAGCAACGCCCAUUCAUCUCCGUCUACUCUUCUUUAUGCAAUGAAGAACUAGGGUGCAUUCUCCCAUUGAUUUGUCUAUCAUGUUGCAUAAAGUUUGAGUAGGUUUGCUUGGGGACAAGCAAACGCCUAAGUGUGGGGGAGUUUGAUAACACAUAAACUGGUGUUAUUUACCUUUCAUAUUGAGGUUUGUUUCGUGCCAAUUCAUGUGCAUAAAUGCUUAAACAUUGUUAAUUGCAUCCCUAUAUCGUUCCUAUUUGAAUUCGAUGUGAUUUUAGGGUGUAUUAGAUGAUAUAUGCGAAUUAGGUAUAAAACAAGGUUACAAGUGUAGCAAGAGGCAGAAGACUGAAGAUCGUGGCCUAGAAGUGAAGAUAACGUCCGAGAUCCUGGACUGCGAAGUCAAGCUAAAGAUUGCGUCCUGGAAUCCCAAGAUCGUGACCGCAAAUUGGAGGGCUCAGGGCGCGAACUUCGCGAAGAAGGAGCCAAGGAGAAACAUAGAGUUUCCCUAGUCGAAUCACGACCUCAAGUCUUUUUCAAUUUCUUCUAUGUAUCUUCUUCCCUCCUUUAUGACGUAGUCCUCUAAGGUACUAGGGGUUCUAAAACCCAAACCUUAGUUUUAGGGUUUACUAUGUAUAUAUGGAUAUUUUAGGGUUUGAAUGAAUGAAUGUGUUUAUC